CUCCCCUCCUUUCCCCUCCCGGCCUCCGGCCGCGCGCUGGCUGGGCUCCGCAUUGCACACUCUGGGGGAACCGCAGUGUGCAUUCGUGGGAUGGGGCAGCGGGUUGCUGGAGGCUGGAACCGAUGCGUGGCUCUGAAUUCAUCAAGUUGUUACAAGAAUCAAACCAGAAGUUGUGUUAAGUCCUUGGAAAAGUAUAGAGUAUGAAGUUGCAAUUUCUCUCCACCAAUAAGGAGCACCUGAUCCCAGGAUCUCUGCAUGAGUGAGGCCCCAGUCUGCAAUGGAACCUUGGCCUGCACUGGCCUGGGCACUCCUCCUCAGCCUUCUGGCCGACUGUCUGAAAGCUGCCCAGUCCAGAGACUUUACGGUGAAAGAUAUUAUCUACCUCCACCCUUCAACCACCCCAUAUCCUGGUGGAUUUAAGUGUUUCACCUGUGAAAAGGCAGCAGACAAUUAUGAAUGCAACCGAUGGGCUCCAGAUAUCUACUGUCCUCGAGAGACCAGAUACUGCUAUACUCAACACAUCAUGGAAACCACUGGAAACAGUAUAUCAGUCACCAAACGUUGCGUGCCUCUGGAAGAAUGCUUGUCAACUGGCUGCGUAGACUUAGAACAAGAAGGACACAAGGUCUGUACUUCUUGUUGUGAAGGAAACAUAUGUAACUUGCCGCUGCCCCGUAAUGAAACAGAUGCAAUAUUUGCCACAACAUCCCCCAUCAAUCAGACAACUGGCCACUCCCAACGUGUGUCAGUAAUAAUGUCAUGUUUGUGCGUGUUAUUGGGAUUAACCUCCUAAUGGCUCUGAGGUGCCAUUUGCUUAGUGAACCAGGAAACUCUGGAAGGAAGAUAUUUCCCUACACAUGCCAUUGGCCUAACUAUAGCACAUAUUUAAAAUUAUAAUAUUUAAGGAUGUUCCCAUUACUAAGACCUUUAGGUAUCUGGGGACAUACCAGCCAAGUAUUACUGCUUCGAGUUAGGAAACAAAAAUUAUUCCAUUGCGAUCAUCUUGAAUACACCAAGCCCUCUUCCAAACCAGACUGCUCCCAGCAUGCACAUCUGAGUUUUAAAUCACAAAAGCUUUUUUUUCCUCUCUGAUCUGGCUCUAUUAUUUGUUUAACUGCAACCACAAAUUCAUGUUCAGAAUUUUCUUUUUAGUCUUAAUGGAAAGGAUUUGGUUUUCCUAGAAGCCUUUUGAUUGGGUGUCUGGGAGAGUUGUUACUUUAUACGAGUGAGAAUUAUAUAAAAACAAACACAAAACUCCACACAGAGGAUUUAUCUAAGGAUCAUGUCCAUCUCUGUUCAUUUUUAAUUCUCUUGCCCAGCCUCGUGAGAGGUAGCAAGAAUUAAAAAGAUAUUGGUAUGCACGAAGAGGAUUUGGGAGAAAAUCUCUGCCCCAGGAUAUCUGGGUCAAAUAUUUAUAUUACGACCAUGCUUGACCCUAUGCACAGGGUUUUAUCUAGAGUUGAUGGGAAUUCUAGCUUCUAUUUUUGUCACAUCAGGGAUCAAUCAAGUAUUUAUUAAAUGCCUACUAUGUGCAAGGCACUAGACAGGCACCGGGGAUAAGAACAAUGAAACAAUCCCUACUUGUAAUGAGCUUAUAAACUACACUUUAAUUGCAGUCCUCAUGUAGGGUUCCCCAUAACAGGAAUGAAAAGCCACUGAGGUUUUUUCCUGCUCCUGAUCCCACCAGAGCAGAGGCUGAAAGAAGAGCUUGGGGAUAGCACCAUUCCCUCCAAGCCCAGGAAGGGGCUCAGUCAUCCUUCUGCUUCACCCACAGGGGAGACUAGAGCCAAUUAAAUAUUAGUGGAGUCACCCUUCCACCUGCAGUUUGUCUACCACUGAAUUCCCAUUAUCCUCACAGAGAAUUUCUAAGUAAGAUUAUUGUAGCACUGGGACAGAUCAUUGGUUGAUAUCUGGGGACUGGGAGGUAGAGAAGAAAUGUUGGGUGCUACGUGAGAGUAGGUAAAGGGGCCUUAGCAACUGCAAACUCUCACUUUAGGGAGAUGUUUGCUCCUGAGGUAGAAGGUGAAGUUUUCACCAUCGUUAGCUAUAUUUUUGACAUUCUAUGUUGCUAUUUUUCUUUUUUCUUGUAAAUCAUUUAUACAAUAUUUAUUUUUCUAUGACAUAACUAAAAGUGAUAAUGUAUUAUAAAAAAUCCAUUGUUCAGACCAUGUUCAGAGAGAAGUUAUUUUUAAAGAGCAGUAAAACUUGUAAUAUAUUUUUGUUGAAAGUCAUCAAUUAUUCUUUGCACCAAUGCUGAAAAAAAAAAGUUGCCUUGUGUUGCAUGAGCUUAACAUGUUUUAUCUCAAAAAAUAUUGCAGUAUGGUUUCCUCAGCAGGAUUGCUCUAGGAGCAUUUGCACACGAUAAUCGUUAUUGUCCUGACUUUCUGCGUAGAUUCCCAAUGAGAGUACACAAUAAAAAGAAUGGGACCAUUGCUAAUGAAGAGGAAAAUGGCACCAGGGUCCAAGUGCCACAGUCAGGGAAGUCUCUUGCCCUUAACUUAAAAUAACUUAAAAGUGCUGCAUCCAAGUAUGCAUAGUGGGAAUUUCUUGGCUGUAAAGUCCUAAACAAUAUCAUAUAGAAUCCUAAUCAAGGAUGAGGAGGCAAUGUGGUACAGUGGAAAGAUCAUUGACUUUGGAGUCAGAGGACCUGGGUUUGAAACC